CGCGACCAACCGACCAACCGACCAACCGCCACCUCUUCGCUUCCUCCCCUUCGAGAUCCAUCGCUCCAUUUGCGCUUCGCAGACUCAAGGUCCUCUUCUCCCGUCAUUAUUUCCUUUCUCUUCCUCGAUAUUUGAUGUUGGGGAACAUAAGGAAGGCAGUGCGUUCACUUCAUACAAGCCACAGUCUUAGACAUUUAGAAGUGAGGAACAGCAGGAAAAUUGUUACAGUAGAGCCUCUCUUUCACAACAGAUUGUUCUCACAUUAUAGAUUUUUAGCCAGAGGACAUGCCUCCCCUUUGUACUCCACAAUAAGAAGUUUAAGCUGGACCAGGAAUUCUAGAAGUAUCUGGACAACCAGUAAUGUUGUUAAACGCCGUGCUCAGUUUGUCUGGAAAAGGCUUUCCUCCAAAUUCUCUUCCAAUGGCCGUAGUUUUCCCACCUUAAAUGAAGUUGCUCAAGCAUUCUGCUUGGCCAUGUCUCGUUCUCACCUGAUGGUUCCUGGUAUAUUUGCUUUUACAUGUGGAGAGCUAGCAUGUGCCCAAAGAACUUUCUCAAACGUAGACCACUUUUCAUCUCAGAAUUCUUUCUACAUCCGUGCACAAGAUGGACAUGCCUAUCUGAUUGCACUACUAUUUUCUACUUUAGAAGGCAUUAUAUUAUUAUUUAGAGCGCUUUAUUUGGCAAUGUUGUUCUCACCUAGCAUAUUGAUGGCUCCAUUUGCGGAUGUCUUUGGAUUUCACUUCAGGAGGCUCUGGCUUCGGGUUGUUCACCGUUCUUUGGAGAAAGGUGGUCCAGCAUUCAUUAAAUGGGGUCAGUGGGCAGCAACACGGCCAGAUCUUUUCCCUAGAGAUUUAUGCAUAGAGUUAUCAAAGCUUCACACUAAAGCUCCAGAGCACAGCUUUGCCUACUCGAAGAAAACUAUAGAACGGGCAUUUGGUCGAAAGCUUUCUGAGAUAUUUGAGAAUUUUGAAGAACAACCUGUUGCAUCGGGAAGUAUUGCUCAAGUACAUCGAGCUUCUUUGAAAUAUCGAUACCCUGGUCAACAAACAGCGCCCAUGGUGGUUGCUGUAAAAGUCAGACAUCCUGGCGUUGGGGAAUUGAUUAGAAGAGAUUUUGCUAUAAUUGAUUUUGUAGCAAAAGUCUCCAAGUUCAUUCCUACUCUCAAAUGGUUGAGAUUAGAUGAAAGUGUCCAACAAUUUGCUGUUUUUAUGAUGUCUCAAGUUGACCUUGCUAGGGAAGCUGCACACUUGAGCCGCUUUAUUUAUAAUUUUAGACAGUGGAAGGAUGUUUCAUUUCCUAAACCCGUGUAUCCACUUGUUCAUCCUGCUGUUUUAGUGGAAACUUAUGAACAAGGGGAAAGUGUUUCACACUAUGUUGAUGAGCUUCAAGGAUAUGAAAGACUCAAGUCAUCAUUGGCACACAUUGGGACACAUGCUCUUCUAAAAAUGCUUCUGGUGGACAACUUUAUUCAUGCAGACAUGCAUCCCGGAAAUAUCCUCGUCAGAGUGUCAAAUGAAAAGUCCCGUCGGAAGCGACUCUUCAAAUCAAAGCCUCAUGUUGUCUUCCUUGAUGUAGGCAUGACUGCUGAACUUUCUGGAAAUGAUAGAGUAAAUUUAUUGGAAUUUUUUAAGGCAGUUGCUCGUAGAGAUGGCCGUACUGUUGCCGAACGUGCCCUCAAAUUAGCAAAACAACAAAAUUGCCCAGAUCCAGAGGCAUUUAUUGAGGAAGUGACUGAGGCGUUUGCUUUCUGGGCUACUCCAGAAGGUGAUCUAGUUCAUCCUGCUGAAGCCAUGCAGCAAUUACUAGAGAAAGCGAGACGUUACAGGGUCAACAUUGAUGGAAAUGUCUGCACUGUGAUGGUGACGACAUUAGUUCUUGAGGGUUGGCAGCGGAAACUUGAUCCUGCUUAUAAUGUGAUGGAAACGUUGCAAACUCUAUUACUGAGAGCUGAUUGGGCUAAAUCUCUUUCCUACACAAUUGAAGGAUUGAUGGCCCCGUAGAAUGAAUGAUGUUUUUGUCUGUCUGAUCUGCUCUGCUCCAACAAAACAAUUUUGACGAUCUCAAAUAUGCGGCAGACGCGGUAGAUAGAAGUAUAAAGCAAAUAAUGGAUUGGGUAAGCAACCCAAGAUUGUUUUGAUUUUACUGUACUUGGCAAUGUAAAGUUUAAGAGCAUUUGUGCUGCUGGUAAACAGAAGCAACAACAGGGGAGAACAUAUAACCUUCAUAACUGUUUCUCUUUUGUAUUUGAUUUCCUACCCAUUGAAUUAAAUAAAUCAUUCUCCUGAGUUUAAUAGAGUA